GUUUUUAAAGUUUUUGUUUCUUUUUAUAAAAAAAUGUCUUGUUGCGCCGUGUUUGCUCGACUGAAAGUUUCCUCAUCCCUUGGUGAGACCCUCCUCUAAUUCAAUCUUUGUCUUUUGUCUUUGCUGCCUUGCAGGGUUGGUACAGUAGGCUUCACUAGACUUAGCUGCAACUCAGAAUUUCUCCUCCAGCACCUGAGUAAAUGCUGAUGGUCUUGUGGAGUGUGGAUUAAGAGUACGAGCUAAGUUCUCAAAUCCCAAUUAAGAAGCGGAGGAAAAUUUAAACUGUCUCCUUCAAAGUUUAUCACAACCACCACCAUCAAGACAGCAAACCAAAGGACAAAGACUUUGACCUGCUGUGUUGCUCUGUAUAGUCCAGUUCACGUAUGGUUUACAGACUUGGCUGAGGUUACUAAUAAGUAAAAAAAAGUUGGACACUUCUGUCAUUUGGACGCUUUUAUUCACGAGUUACCAGAAUGAGGGCUGUUCUGGAGACAGCAGACAUUGCCAUAGUGGCCCUGUAUUUUAUCCUGGUGAUGUGCAUUGGUUUUUUUGCCAUGUGGAAAUCUAAUAGAAGCACCGUGAGUGGAUACUUCCUGGCGGGGCGCUCUAUGACCUGGGUAGCAAUUGGUGCCUCUCUGUUUGUGAGCAAUAUUGGGAGUGAGCACUUCAUUGGGCUGGCAGGAUCUGGAGCUGCAAGUGGAUUUGCAGUGGGCGCAUGGGAAUUCAAUGCCUUACUGCUUUUGCAACUUUUGGGAUGGGUUUUCAUCCCAAUUUACAUCCGGUCGGGGGUAUACACCAUGCCUGAAUACUUGUCCAAGCGAUUUGGUGGCCAUAGGAUUCAGGUCUAUUUUGCAGCCCUGUCUCUGAUUCUCUAUAUCUUCACCAAGCUCUCAGUGGAUCUGUAUUCGGGUGCCCUCUUUAUCCAGGAGUCUUUGGGUUGGAACCUCUAUGUGUCUGUCAUCCUGCUCAUUGGUAUGACUGCUUUGCUGACUGUCACCGGAGGCCUUGUUGCAGUGAUCUACACAGACACUCUGCAGGCUCUGCUCAUGAUUGUUGGGGCACUCACACUUAUGAUUAUUAGCAUGAUGGAGAUUGGUGGGUUUGAGGAAGUUAAGAGAAGGUACAUGUUGGCCUCACCUAAUAUCCCUUCCAUCUUGUUGACAUACAACCUAUCAAACACAAAUUCUUGUAACGUCUACCCUAAGAAAGAAGCCCUAAAAAUGUUGCGGGAUCCAACAGAUGAAGAUGUUCCAUGGCCCGGAUUCAUCCUUGGGCAGACCCCAGCCUCAGUGUGGUACUGGUGUGCUGACCAAGUCAUCGUACAAAGGGUCCUGGCAGCCAAAAACAUUGCUCACGCCAAAGGCUCUACUCUUAUGGCUGGCUUCUUGAAGCUUCUGCCAAUGUUUAUCAUAGUUGUCCCAGGAAUGAUUUCCAGGAUACUGUUUACUGAUGAUAUAGCUUGCAUCAACCCAGAGCACUGCAUGCAAGUGUGUGGAAGCCGAGCUGGGUGCUCCAAUAUUGCUUACCCACGCCUGGUGAUGAAGCUUGUUCCUGUGGGCCUUCGGGGGUUGAUGAUGGCUGUGAUGAUUGCAGCUCUAAUGAGUGACUUGGACUCUAUAUUUAACAGUGCCAGUACUAUAUUCACUCUUGAUGUGUACAAACUCAUCCGCAAGAGUGCAAGCUCCCGGGAACUAAUGAUUGUGGGGAGGAUAUUUGUGGCUUUUAUGGUGGUAAUCAGCAUAGCAUGGGUACCAAUCAUUGUGGAGAUGCAAGGUGGCCAGAUGUACCUUUACAUUCAGGAGGUAGCAGAUUACCUGACCCCCCCAGUGGCGGCCCUGUUCCUUUUGGCGAUUUUCUGGAAGCGCUGCAAUGAACAAGGGGCUUUCUAUGGUGGAAUGGCUGGCUUUGUUCUUGGAGCAGUCCGUUUGAUACUGGCCUUUGCCUACCGUGCCCCGGAGUGUGACCAACCUGAUAAUAGACCAGGCUUCAUCAAAGACAUCCAUUAUAUGUAUGUGGCCACUGCAUUGUUUUGGGUCACAGGACUCAUUACUGUAAUUGUCAGCCUUCUCACGCCACCUCCCACAAAGGAACAGAUUCGCACCACCACCUUUUGGUCUAAGAAGAACCUGGUGACAAAGGAAAGCUGCUCUCAGAAAGAUGAACCAUACAAAAUGCAGGAGAAGAGCAUUCUGCGAUGCAGUGAGAACAGUGAGGCCAUCAUCCAUGUCAUUCCCAAUGGGAAAUCUGAAGAUAGUAUUAAGGGCCUUCAGCCUGAAGAUGUCAAUCUUUUGGUGACCUGCAGAGAGGAGGGUAACCCUGUGGCUUCCUUGGGUCAUUCAGAGGCAGAAACACCGGUAGAUACUUAUUCCAAUGGGCAAGCGGCUCUCAUGGGUGAGAAAGAGAGAAAGAAAGAAACAGAGGAUAGAAGCCGGUACUGGAAGUUCAUAGACUGGUUUUGUGGCUUUAAAAGUAAGAGCAUCAGCAAGAGGAGUCUCAGAGACUUGAUGGAGGAGGAGGCUGUCUGUUUACAAAUGUUAGAAGAGACUCCACAAGUUAAAGUCAUACUGAAUAUUGGACUUUUUGCUGUGUGUUCUCUUGGAAUUUUCAUGUUUGUUUAUUUCUCCAUAUGAACUUAAGGAUAUGAUGAGACAUUUAACUUAAUACUGGUCUUUGGAAAAAAAUUAUGUAACUGUUGCAUCUCUCAGGCAUUGUUUACGCUGUAGGUUUUAGCCAAAUUUUACUUAGCAGAAAAUCAUCUAUUUGCAAGACUUUAUUUUCCCAGACAUGGAUUAAAGUAAAUCUUCAACUUUUAAAUGAAGCAAAACAGACUGAAAAGUUAAAAAAUGUGGUUUAAAAAUUUCCAUACCAAAGUAAGGAGAGACCAAUUAUUCUCAGAUAUCUUAGCACAUAAUAAAUGUUAAGGUAUCAUGAAUAAGAUAUUGUCUGCACUGCCAGGUCUUGGUAGACCUUAAUGCUGAAGUAGAAGAUUUGCUCAUUUCUAAGUUUUUUCUGUCUCCGUAAUUCGCACUACCAUUUAAAAAUACAAUAACUGAAUUUUACAUAUUGUAUAAUCAAUUAUGUUCUGAAACUCUAAUGUGUGGUAUGUAUUUCAAGACAGGUUAGUUUGCCAGGUUAAUUUUUGUGUGUGACUGUGGAUUCUGAUUGCCAAAAGAGAGGAAGAAUGUUAUUCUGUAGGUGUUUUUGUACCACCUGUAUGUGGAAUGUUGGGGGUGUGGGCUGAUCCGGUUCUUCCCCCACCUGUUUUUUCCUACUUUUCACUGAAAUUUAAUGAACCACAUAAUGAACACCAAGUCUGUUUAUAAAGUUACAUAUUCAAAUUGUAUUACUGAAUGAUUAUGGGGGGAAGUAAAAUAAAUGUUACUGAUGAUCCCCACCUUUAUUGACCAAAUUAAGGUGGUUUUUACAUAGUUUGAGAAUUACCAGCUUCCAAGCAGUGUUUGAUUAACUUUGUCAAGCAGAUGAUUAAUCAUACUUCAAUGAAUUUGACUUUUUUUCCUUGUCAUUUGAUAACAUUCUUUAUUAGUUAAA